AUGGGCGCCUUUGGAGUGAUCCUUGGGAGUUUACAUUACAUGGGAUUGUACAUUCAACUUAGUGCCCCCCUAAGACAAGGUGGGCAUGUCGAGGUAGAAAACCACAUCUCUACCAACGCUGUCUUCACUGAGGUCCCUCAUGAUAUCACAGCUCAGAGUGGAGAGGAUGUGGAGAUGGCCUGCUCUUUCCGCGGGGCGGGGUCACCAUCCUAUUCACUGGAGAUCCAGUGGUGGUACAUCAGAAACCACAGAGAUUGGACGGACAAGCAGACGUGGACAACCAAUCAGGUGGUACCUCAGGAUGAGUUGUCAAAGGAUGCUACUAAGAUCAGUGUGGUGAAGGUUGCUGGGAGCAACAUCUCCCACAAACUGCGGCUGUCGAAUGUGAAGCCAUCAGAUGAAGGCACGUAUGAGUGCCGUGUUAUUGAUUUCACUGACAGCAGGGCCCGCCACCACAGGGUGCGUGCAUACCUGCAGGUGGAGAGAGAGGGUGAACAUGCAUCUCAGCACCACCAGGGGGCGUCACCUUACAAGAAAGACCUCCGGCAGGAGCAUGACAGGCACCAUCACAAACCGGGCCGAGAGCUGAGGAAGAGGUCCGUUGACAUUACUGCCACUGACUGCACUGAAAGCUGUGUGCUCUAG